CUUCUUCCUCCUUGAGCUGGUUUUUCCCUACCCUUCGUUCUUUUCAUAAUCAUGGUGCAAACCAAGAAGUUUCGAGGCGUCAGGCAGCGUAACUGGGGCUCCUGGGUAUCUGAAAUUCGUCAUCCAUUACUAAAGAGAAGGGUGUGGCUGGGAACAUUCGAAACAGCCGAAGAAGCAGCUCGAGCAUACGAUCAAGCAGCCAUUUUAAUGAGCGGAAGGAAUGCAAAGACAAACUUCCCGGUACCACCUGGCGGAGGAGCCGACGGAAAAGCCGCUGAAAACAUCCAUCCAACGCCGCCCGCCGGCGCCGAGUUAUCCGAGCUGCUUUAUUCCAAGCUCAGAAAAUGCAGCAAGGCUCCUUCUCCUUCGAUGACUUGUCUGAGGCUCGACAACGAGAAUUCUCAUAUCGGAGUGUGGCAAAAAAGGGCCGGCCGGAGCUCGGAUUCCGAUUGGGUGAUGACCGUUGAGCUUGGAAAAGGAAAUGCCGUGCCGGCCGAUGCAUCGGCUUCCGAUUCCCCGGUGUUAAACGGUGCUGAAGCUGCUGAACUGACAACCGACAUGGAUGAAGAAGAGAGAAUUGCACUGCAAAUGAUAGAGGAGCUGCUUCACAGGAACUCUUCUUCUUUUGAUGUGCAAGAAGGCGAGGGUAACUUGUUGCAGUAA